AUGUCCAAGAGGCAAGGAGAAGAGCUCCUUGAUAAAUGUGCUGUAGCUGAUUAUGAGCAGAUCCAAUGUGGACAACCUGGGAUCAGUGGUGCUGAGUGUGAAGCUAUCAACUGCUGCUUUAAAAGACAGCAGUGUUACUAUGGGAGGGCAGUGACCGUCCAGUGUAUUAGAGAUGGUCAGUUUGUGGUAGUGGUGGCUAGAGAUGUUACUCUGCCUCGACUGAGUCUGGAUUCGGUUCGUCUACUGGGUGGAAACAACCCACCUUGCGCUCCUGUGGAGUCCACACCUUACUUUGCUAUAUACCAGUUCCCUGUGACCGCAUGUGGCACGAGCAUGAUGGAGGACAGUGGAUAUGUGGUGUAUGAGAACAGAAUGACCUCCUCGUAUGAAGUGGGGAUUGGACCGUUUGGUUCCUUCACAAGGGAUAGUCAUUUUGAGUAAGUGAUCUAUGACUUGGUGUGAAUGUUAGUCUCUGAUAAAUGCUACAAGCUCACCGUCUGUUGUCCAGGUUUCUCUUCCAGUGUUAGUGAUGCUGAUUAUCCCAUCACAAAAGUUCUGCGGGAACCUGUGUAUGUUGAGGUGCGCAUUAUGGAGAGAACUGACCCAAACAUUGUCCUGAUGCUGGGACGUUGUUGGGCAACAUCAACCCCCAGUCCACUCAGUCUCCCCCAGUGGGACCUUCUGAUCGAUGGAUGCUCUUACCAGGAUGACCGUUACCUGACCACACUCGUUCCAGUGACCGGAUCGUCUGGUCUUCAUUUCCCAACCCACUACAAGCGCUUUGUUGUGAAGAUGUUCACAUUUGUAGAUCCAGCCUCACUGGCUCCUCUGCAGGAAACUAUCUUCAUCCACUGCAGUACAGAGGUGUGCCAUCCAUCUUCUGGCUCUUGUGAGCAAAGCUGCACCAGGAAACGGAGAGACACUCGCAUCAAGGCUAUCUCUGGUGAGCAGACUGUGGUUUCUAGUGGAGGAGUUACUCUGGUCGUGUAAAUCUAGUUUUAAUAAACUUAGCAGAGCCCCGAGCUAUCUUUGUCUAUUGGUGU